CCGCUGCCUGGUGACCAGCGACCAGCGACCAAUUGGAUGCUUCGAUGUGAGGCGAGCGCGGAUACAUUUGUUGUUGUUGUGUUGCUGUGAUAUCUGUGUUUAGCGACCAUUAAACGUUUUGUUUUAGCGUUUAAACAUUUUAAAAUCCACCCAAAAUGAGUCUGUCUCUAAGGACUGAACUUACAGCCGACAAAACCAAGCGCAAGAAAAGGAGAGAGCUCACCGAGGACCAGAAACAUGAAAUCAAAGAAGCUUUCGAGUUGUUCGACACAGACAAAGAUAAAGAAAUCGACUACCACGAGCUGAAGGUGGCGAUGCGUGCACUCGGAUUUGAAGUGAAGAAAGUGGACGUUUUGAAGAUUCUUAAAGACUACGACAGAGAGGGAAACGGCAAAAUAACAUUUGACGAUUUCAAUGAAGUUGUGACUGAUCGCAUCCUGGAGCGAGACCCAAAGGAGGAGAUCAUGAAGGCCUUCAAGCUGUUUGACGACGACGAGUCGGGAAAGAUCAGUCUGAGGAACCUGAGACGAGUCGCCCGAGAACUCGGGGAGAACGUCAGCGACGAGGAGCUGCGCAGCAUGAUCGACGAGUUCGACACAGACGGAGACGGUGAAAUAAAUCAGGAGGACUUCCUCUCCAUCAUGACCGGAGAAUGUUGAAGAGGAGUUGUAUCGAACGCUGAGGUCUUGUGGGUCGUCCGUAUUGUGAGAAGCUGAGUGACCUGAACAUCUGUCAAUGCAGGUGUGUCCACGAAGGUAAACACACGUGUUUCUCGAGGGUCUGGCGUUGGACUGGAAUUACUCAUUGGCCUUUCGGUUUAUGCUCGACACACGCAAACGGAUCAGACUUUCUGCCGCUCAACUCUGCUCGAGUCAGUCCGUCCUCAAGAUGUAACUUGUUGUCAAAAGCUGUUGAAAUCAUGGCGCUCUUUAAUUCAAAUUUACUCCCAAGUGUUGUGAAGUUUUAGAUGAUUCUGUGUUAAUAAAAAAAAAAAAC